UUACUAAUGAGGCGUUUUGUAUUUCCUUUUCAAUGACAAGUGCUUAACACCCCGUGUGUGCUUUGCGCACUGGUACACCUGGAUCUGGGCUGGGAGGAGCGUUGCAGUGCAGCCCCGAGGGGAGCGGGGAAGGGGAGGCGCCGGGCUCAGGAGCAGAACGCGAGCAGCACCGGGUGCGGGCUGGCCAUCCGCGGAGACGGGAAGUGGAUCUGGCUCCUCCACUGGACCGCUGGCUCGGGGCUUCCCGCGGGAUCGGAGUACGGGGAAGAGCGCAGGAUCUCAAGCUGGACGAGCUGGUUUGUUCCCAGCCUGAGGGCUGUAAAGCUCUGUGACCUUCAGAAAGUCACUUGAUCUUCCUGUUUACAUCUCUGUAACAUGAAGGCACUCAUACCUGCCCCGAAGGACUGCCAUUACUAUUGGAUAUAGUAAUACAAAAAGCGGUGAAUGUGUUUGUUUACUUCCGUGACCAACUGGGUUUUCUAAAGUUUAUCAGCACAUCAUUUGCAUUAUGAUUUCUUGCCGUCCGCUACCUCGAGUUAAAAAAUAAAAUUGAAACCCACAGCUACCAAGCCUGGGGGGCUGGCGGUACAGGCGGUGGGGACUGAGAAGCACAGCUCCGCCAGGCAGGGGCGGAGGAGGGAGGCGGGGAAGUAGGGCGCUGGACCAGCGGAGGCCCCGCGGAUCCCAAGUGGUCACCGCCCCCUCCAGCCUGGACUUUGAUGCUUGGGCGCCUCAGAGCUGGAAGUUUAUGGCUCCUUCCUGCUCAGCCUGACGGAAGUGGCUCCUCCUCAGUUUUCCCCACGCCUCUGCGGUCAGGGGAUUCCUGGAAACCCAUCUCCCGGUGCCCGCAUGGUGUGCCCUGCUCCCCACCCCAGGGACCAGAAGGGACGGGAGCGCAGGACCCAGCACCGGCUCCUGGGACGCCCCGUGUGUCAAGACGCCCUGGAGUUUGGACCCCGCCGGGGCGCAGGAGGCGGAGCCGGGGGAGCUCUUCUCUUCAGCCUCCUCUUCCUUGCUCUCCAUGACGCACUUCAAGGUGACUCAAUUUCAGGGAAAGGAAAUUCGUGUGGAGAGAGACAGAGGCCUGCGUGGGCCGGCUGGGGAAGGCACCGUGAUGCCCACAGCCGCGUCCCUUCAGGGGGUCCACGACGGGGCCACCUGUCCGGCCUGCGCAGGGCCGCCGAAGGAUGCGGUGACAGCCACCUGUGGACACAGCUUGUGCGGGCCCUGCCUCCCGCCCCCCGCCCGGAUGGGGGCCCAGCCCUCGGGCAGGCUGCUGCUCUGCCCGCUCUGCCAAGAGGAGGAGCCGACGGAGGCCCCCGUGGUCCCUGUGCCCCUGGGCCCGCUGGGGGAGACCUACUGCGAGGAGCACGGCGAGAAGAUCUACUUCUUCUGCGAGAAGGACGCCGACUUCCUCUGCGUGCUGUGCCGGGAGGGCCCCGCCCACCAGGCCCACAGCGUGGGCUUCCUGGACGAGGCCAUCCAGCCUUACCGGGAUCGCCUCAGGAGCCGACUGGAGGCUCUGAGAGCGGAGAGGGACAAGAUAGAAGACACAAAGUGUCGCGAAGACCAGAAGCUCCAUGUGCUGCUGGCCCAGAUUGAAAGCAAAAAACAAGAAGUAGAAGCAGCUUUUGAGAGGCUCCAACAGGAGCUGGGCAACCAGCGGCGCCUCCUGCUGGCCAGGCUGAGGAAGCUGGAGCAGCAGGUGUGGAAGGAGAGGGAGGAGUACAUCGGCAAGGUCUCUGAGGAAGUCGCCUGGCUUGGUGCCCAGGUAGAGGAGCUGGAGGACAAGUGUCAGCAGCCGGCAAGUGCGCUUCUGCAGGAUGCCAGAGUCGCCCAGAGCAGGUGUGACGUGAGGCCGGCUGGGGGCCCCGAGGCCAUUUCCUCAGACCUUAUCGCGAGGAUCCGCGACCUCCACAGGACGACGCUGGUCCUCCCGGAGAUGAUGAGGACGUUCUCAGAGAACCUGGAGCGGCACCUGGGAACAGGUUCAGGUAAAGGGACUGGGGAGCGCUCACUCCCGCGUUCAGUCCUCGGCAUCACGCCGCACCCGCGUGCCCCUGAAAGUAAGACCUAGCUGGGCACCGGCGCGGCGGGCACGGCCGACCGGCUUCCAGGGCCGGGUGUUUUCCGGCCAGGGCGGGUUCGGGGCGCGAGCAUCGCGCGCUCGAAGCUCAGCUCGGGGCCCUCUGGCGCGGGUGAGGGGGCCUCGUCGUCCGGUUCUUCAUCCGAAAAGCGGGAGGCGGAGGGGCCGCGAGGACUGAGCAGAUCGCUGCCGGCAAGAGCGUGGCGUCUGCCCGGCGCGCAGCCAACGCUCCGUUAACGUUAGUUAUCAGCACUUUCCGCUCAAAAACGUGCGCCAAGCCUCAUUUCACCCACGCCGCACCGGGUUCUGUACGUGUGAACAAACCCCGCGGCUUCCGCCAGGCC